GGCAACUUCACUACUUGUGACAAAGUGCCAAUUUUUUUAACUUGAUCUGGUUGUGUACCGUUAUCAGUGAGCGAAACAUAGUUCAUCUAGACAAUGGCCGAAAAAGAAGCUCCAGGUGCUGAUAGAGAAGCUGAGGCUAACGAGUUCUUUAGGAGAGUUGUCACUCCUAUGAUUGAUAAUUUGUCAGAAUUUGGUCUGUCACACCUAACUUUAGAGCAUCGUAUGAAAGACGAGGCAAAAAACAUUGUAGUCCACGGAUGUCCCAAUGUACCCGAAGAAGUUUCAACAAUUCAAGAAGUACAAGAAGCUGUUACAAAAGCCAGGAAAGGGAAGAAGGUUCUCCGCGUCGUUGGGUCAAAACACUCUGUAAAUGCGGCCAUUUAUGACGAGAACGACAUUACACUGAAGCUGAAAGGUGACCUUCGAAAAGUAGAAAUACUGAGAACAGAAGAAGAAAACGGCAAGAAAUGGUUGUAUUGUCGUAUCGGAGGAGGCUGCUAUCUUGGCAAAGAUCCCACAGACCCUCUUUCAGCUGUCCAUCAGGUGGCAGCCCAAGGGUAUGGCUUUCCUGAGCUGGGAGGAAUUAUCCAACAAACCAUCGGUGGCUUUAUCAUGACUGGCUCUGCUGGAGGAAGCUUAAAGCAUAGCUUUUCCGAUACCAUCCGAGAGAUCGAGUUCGUGGACGGCAAUGCACAAGUUCAAAAGGCCAAACCUGAAACUGACCUUUGGUAUGCAGUUGGUGUAUCCAUGGGACUGUUUGGUGUCAUUACCCGAGUAACAUUCCGUCUUCCACCGAUGAAGUUUAUCAAGGGGUCAGAGUCCAACCACAAGUUUGUUGACUCCAUGCUUGGACCAGAUAUGAAGGGGCAGAGCAAGCUCAAACAAAGUCUUGAAGAAAACGAAUACAUGCGAGUGAACUGGUUUCCUCAAAAGGAUCUAAAUCGUGUUCAGGAGUGGGUUGGUCAGCAAUCCUUCAAAAACCAAGAUCUUAUACCAUACAAACCCAUCUUGUCCUGCCCAUUAGCAGCAGGUAUGGCAGCCGUGGUACUGUCAAAAACCAACUGCAUUCUGCAAAAGGAAGACCCAACAGAGAAGGAGUAUAGCUUCAUUAGUAUGAUGUUACGGCUAUUUGUCCCCCUGUGCAAGCCGACUGAGUUCUACGACCACUGGUAUCAUGCUCUGCCCAUGGACAACGAAAUCAAUGUGGAAUUCAUCAUCAGGGUGAAAUUUACAGAGAUCUGGGUUCCAAUAGACCAAUGUCAAACCGUGAUGGAAAAACUGCAAGAGCUGUUCUCUGAAAAUCGAAAAGCUGCCAACAACUUUGCCACUGAGAUCUAUGGCGCCAAGAGGUCUCCAUUCUGGCUGAGCAUGUCAUACCAGGAAGACAUGGUGCGAGUCGAUCCGUACUGGUGGGGGUGCAAAAAGUGCGACCCCAGGAAGUUCUUCUCGUAUUUCUGGGAUAUUCUACUGGAUAUCCCUAGAGCCCGCCUGCACUGGGGCAAGUACCUUCCGAAGCCAGGUCAAAAGUGUGGAAACACCACAUUCAAUGCGGAUUAUCUGAAGAGUGUUUACCCUAAGAUGAAUGAUUGGUUAAAGCUACGAGAACAGCAUGACCCUGACCAGGUGUUCAUGACCGAAUAUUGGCGUGGUAUCCUUGAAAUAAAGCCAAAGACUCAGUAGACUUACUUUUUUGAAAGUGUCAGGAAUGCAAGUGCAUUGGACGGAUUUGAAACUGUCGGUUGUAUCAUUUUAUAGUAUAGGGUAAUACAAGAGCUUUGAGGUGCCUUAGGUAAAAAACUGUAACCGUUUGGAGUGCGCUAACAUGAGAGUAUAAAAAACCAAACUGAUUAAAAUUUAUUUAGGUGUAGUUUUUUUUGUAGUUAUAGUGAAAAAGCGAAAAUUUUUUGGUUUUUAAGAUUUGAAGUCUUGAGUAGAACUCAAACUUUAAGAUGGUCGUCAAACAAAUUAAUCUACGCGUCAUUUAGCCUUGGAAUAUUAUUUACCAAACACUGAGUGGGACGUAUCUCGGAUUAAGGGGAUUUUUGUGAAGCGGCACGUUUAUAUCCUAGACAUCUGAUCCUACCUUGUAUACUACCGUCAUGUUGGGACAUAAUUAAAUCUGAAAAUCUAA